AUGGGAACGACGGAGGUGGCAGCACCGGAAGACUUUCUCUCUGACUCCCUCGAAUCCCUCUACGACCAUGUCCCCGUUGCCCAUUCCACCGCAGGGAGCCUGUUCACGUACCAGCCAUUCACCGGAGGGCCGGUCAUAUCCCUCAUGACCCCCGAUACACAAGCAGCGAACUGGGCUCUUCACGCCUCCUCGAUAUGGUCUUCUUCCCUCUAUGUGGCUGAGCACCUCGACGACCUCCACCUACACAAGUUCGCAUCGAUAACUCAGCAGGAAAGUCGGCCUUUACGAGUCCUCGAGCUCGGCGCGGGCGCAGGUCUACCGAGCAUCCUUCUUGCCAAAACCUUCCACAACGUCUUCGUGACCUGUAGCGACUACCCGGACCCGGACCUCAUCGGGACACUGGCGGAGAACGCCAAACGGAACGAAGCCGUCGACCGCUGUCGCGUCGUCCCGUUCGCCUGGGGAUCCGAUCCUUCUCCUCUUCUCCGCUCCCAGGCUGCACACACCGAUCCCGUCCCUGGGUUUGACGUCGUUCUCGCCGCAGACACGCUGUGGAACUCGGACACGCACCGUCUCUUUGUAAAGUCGCUGCAAAUCACGCUGAAGCGGGCACCUCAUGCACGCAUACACUUGGUCGCAGGCUUGCAUACGGGGCGGUAUGUGCUCGAGUCGUUCCUGAAGCUCAUGCCCGAGGCCGGGUUCGUUGCAGAGCAGCUGGAAGAGAGGCGAGUGGGCGGGACGGAGGAGCGAGCGUGGAGCGUGGAAAGGGCGGAUGGCGAGGAUGAGCAAGAGAGGCGAAGAUGGGUUAUUUGGAUGGUGUUCAAGUGGGCAGACUGUUAG